AUGGCCGACAAGAUCAAAGACCUUCUUGCAGACGACAGCGUAUCUGCGCAAGAUGCUGCGCGGAAAAUUACAAGCUCUUGUAUAACCGCAAUUGAGAAGAACGAAGAUGCGUCCAAAAUUGAGGAUGAGCUGUAUGCCCUCUGGCCGGGCAUCCUCACCGCCGCCGAGCAAACCCCUCAUGAUCGACAAGAUAAGCUAGUGCAAAUUAUGCAGGCGAUAAAGGAACUUGCACCCUCCGGAGACAAGGCCAAAAAGAUUGUUGUUUGGGGGAAUGAGACACGCUGGGAUGCGCUUCCCCUGUUCGGCUCUACAGCACGAGAUGAACUUGACCGUGCGCAAGAAGAGUCUGAAGACUCCUGUGUAAACAUCAACGCAUUCUUCGCCCGUAUCACGGCUGCUGGAAUUGAUGACUUUACUCUCUACGCCAUCUGGAUCUUGCGCGAUGCCAUUGAGGACCCCGCCGUGAAUGAGAUCGCACAAAAGACUUCACCCAGGCUAUUGAAAGCUGCCUCAGUUUGGUUCAUUUACGCUGGUGAUUCAUUGGCAAAGGCGACCAAAGAAGGAAAGCAAUUUGAUGGCAAGAUGGCCAAGCCUGGGGCCAGUCUGGAGGAUGGAGCUGAAUGGAGAGGCUUUUGCGACGACAGGUGGAAGGCUUGGCAAGAGAGAAUGUCAGCACUGAAGACCGCGGAACUCCCCGAAGAUACGAAGACAUUGAUAGAGAAAGCGGCCCAAGGUUUGAACAAGGCAUGA